UUUUUCCUCGUCGUUAGUGUUAGUGGCGACUUGCCUCUCGCCACUCGCGAGAAAUGGUGGCAAAAGCAAAAUGUGGUGGCGCUUCUUAACCUUCUGCGUCCUUGUCUCGCUCGUCCUCUUCGUAGUUCUCAGCUGCAUCCACGGGAGGCCCGUCAUCCACCUCUUCUUCCACCGCUGCUGCGAGGACGACAUCGAAAAUGACCAAGUCAUCUUCGAAAACUUCGGAAACAAUUUCCUCAGGGAACGUCUUGUCGGCGCCGACAUAGUCGUAGAUGACAACGACAGUUUCGUCUCCGAAUUCGAAGUGGAAGAAGUUAUUAAACGCAUGCGCGAUAAACUAAAUGUCCACGAUCCAAAAUCGAGAGUGGAUUUGGAAGUGUUACAUACGAACAAUACUGGUGACAAUGAUAAUAGGAACUCUAAUGUUAGUAGUGAAAAAGUGAAAGGAUUGCAAACAGAAUCGGACUUAGAAGUGACUGAAGACAACUUUAAUGACGUUUCUAGUGAAUCGCGUGAGGUGAUUAAAGAAGGAAAAUUGUCAUCGAACAAUGACGUUUUAAGUGAAUUGAACUCUGAUGAGAGUGUUGAAGCUACUACAGAGAAUAACAAAGCAAAAACUAAUUUACCUGUAAAGAUAAUACAGCUAAAAAACGAUUUUAACAAAACUGAUAUGAUUUCUACUGUGGAUAGUGUGUCAGUGGAUAUCAAAAAGAGUGAAAUUAAAUAAAUAUAAACUCAAAAAAUGAACGGACUGAUAGGAAAAGACUUAAAAAUAUAUUAUAAUUAAUAUAACAGAUAUCAUAUUUGUAUUAAUUAAGAAAAAAACCGAAUGAAUGAAUGGUAUUAUU